GGCUCCUCACAUGACAGGGGGGCCCCGGCUGUAGUUUCCGCGGCGGAGCGGACGGUCUGUGGAUGUGAUCCGGCUCCGUCUUCUCUCCUCUCCGUGUUGGAGGCUCCCGGUGACGGCGGAGCGGCCGGGCUCCCUGCAGCCCCCGGGGGGAUGGUGCUGGACAAGGAGGACGGCGUGCCGAUGCUCUCCGUACAGCCCAAAGGCAAACAGAAAGGCUGCGCCGGCUGCAACCGGAAGAUAAAGGACCGCUACCUGCUGAAGGCCCUGGACAAGUACUGGCACGAGGACUGCCUGAAGUGCGCCUGCUGCGACUGCCGCCUCGGGGAGGUCGGAUCCACCCUCUACACAAAAGCCAAUCUCAUUCUAUGUCGCCGAGAUUACCUGAGGCUCUUUGGGACCACAGGAAACUGCGCUGCGUGCAGUAAACUCAUCCCCGCCUUCGAGAUGGUGAUGCGCGCCAGAGAGAACGUCUACCACCUGGACUGCUUCGCCUGCCAGCUCUGCAACCAGAGAUUUUGUGUGGGUGACAAGUUUUUUCUGAAGAACAAUAUGAUCUUGUGUCAGAUGGACUAUGAGGAGGGGCAGCUGAACGGAAGCUUCGAGUCCCAGGUUCAAUAACCACCGCAGAACGGACGUGACCAGCGCCUGGGGGCUUGCCUGCAAUAUCUUUUGAAUUCUCGGCCCCCCACCCCAAGGACUGUGUACAGUGUAGUCGCCUGUCUGUCUGUGGGACCCGGGAGGGGGUGGGGGGCCGCGGCCCACCCUGUACAGCCCGUUUUAUGUAUAUAAACUGAACAUUUAUUUUAUGAAGAUGUAAUGCAAUUUUAUUACUGUGUGAAAUUAAAGAUUAUGAAUGUUUACUGAUCGGAGGUCAC